AUGACUAAGUAUCGAAGCAAACAUUUUCACAGAGUGGUGGGAACAUUGCCAACACUGGUGGGGAAUGUUUUGGCACUGCUGAAAGAAAUCAGAAAAGAAGAAGAAGAAGAAGAAGAAGAAGAAGAAGAAGAAGAAGAGUUCGGAUUUGAAAACAAGUAAUUUCAGUUCCAUCAGCUCUAAUAAUGAAUUAAUAAUGUUACUUAACAUAAUUACAAUUUUUCUAAAAAUGUUUAGAUUUUCCAUCCCUUCUCAAAUCAAUAGGCUCAAUAAUAUUUUUAUUCCUCAAAAAAAGAAGAUGAAAGAAUCAAUGUUUCAUCACAACAGCAUACAAAGAAGACAUCAUUAGAAUAUCUGAAGAGUGAAAAACUGGCAAAGCACCAAAAUCACAUGAAAGGUAUUUAAAUUCAUUUUUCUUAUUUUAGCUGACAGCUUGGAUAAAGCGUCAUUCAGCAGGAAGAUCUGGAGGGGAAUUCAACCCAAUCCCUUCUAUUUUAAGUUGUCAAAAUACAGAUAAUUUAAUUCACAUUGAGGCUUAUCUUGAUCUAAAAAUAUGUAAAGGAGGAAAGAAUUCAGGCCGUUGGCUGAUCCAAGUAAUACUGACUUGUUUUAGCUGUAUAACAUUUCACUGCUUGACCACGAGCCUGUACUUCAUUAAGAUCAGGUUGUCAAACAUGUGGCUUCUUCCAGUAAGAGGAUCACAGAUGCCAGCAACAAAGGGGAAAGUGGAACAGGACCAAAGCAGAGCCCCCUGGGAGAAGCCCCUUCCAAAGUACGCCAGAAG